UGAGGGGUGGAUGUAGAUGCUCUCAAGCAGCCGAUCGCCGCUACCCCUCACGCGCUCCGCACCGGCCUUGUUGCGUCCGUCCAAGUCGGGGAAACGCCGUGCUGAUCUGGAUCUCGACACGAGGGAAACCGCAUCAGAUACCGGGCGGGUCACUGACACGCACCCACAAGUGACACCCAACACCCCCCGGAUCUCGCCAGGUUCUGCGCUCCACCACCCGCGAGAUCGAGCCCGGAACGCCGCACGCCAUUCACCCGUACGUACCCGGGCUGUGGCGUGGCGUCGCGUCCCCGACACCAACGUCCACACAAGUAGCAAGCCAUCGCCGCGGCACCAGCGAACCACCGACUGCCGCGUAGCCAUCGCUCGCUGCCGCCGGCUCCCUCUGAGCUUUUUAACUCGCUCGCUGACAGUGACAGUCCCUCGCGCGCGCACACUUCACUGUCCGCUCCACUCGCCCACGCUCGGUGCUCUCACUUCACUGCUCACCGCUCGCCAUUACUGGCCUCACCCACCCCAGAUCUCAUCCAUGGCUCCCCAGCGCCGCCACCACGCGGCGGCCACGGCAUGCCUUCUCGCCCUCCUCGCCCUGUCCGCCGCGCCGGCCUACGGCAGCCGCGCGCUGCCGGCCAGCAAGGGCGCGGCAGCCAGCAAGGCGCAGGCGGCGGCGGCCAACGCGACGGCGACGGCGACGGCGGACGAGUUCCUGGCGCCGCACAACAAGGCGCGCGCGGCGGUGGGCGUGGCCCCGCUGCGGUGGAGCGCCGACCUGACGGCGGCGGCGGCGUGGACCGCGUCGCAGCAGCAGAAACAGAAGAGCUGCGCGUUCGCGGACAUGGGCGCCAGCCCCUACGGCGCGAACCAGGGGUGGGCGAGCUACCGCGCGCGCCCGGCCGAGGUGGUGGCCUCCUGGGUGGCGCAGGGGAAGUACUACGCCCACGCCAACAACACCUGCGCCGCCGGCCAGCAGUGCGGCACCUACACGCAGGUGGUCUGGCGCCGCACCGCCGAGGUCGGCUGCGCGCAGGCCAGCUGCGCCUCCGGCGCCACCCUCACGCUCUGCCUCUACAACCCGCACGGCAACGUCCAGGGCCAGAGCCCCUACUAGCCGCCGGUGUGCUGGCGGCGCCUCUUGCGCUGGUGCCGUCGCCGCCGGCGCCGGAGCAUCGAUCGUUGUUAGAGUUAUAAGUACGAUCUAGCUUCGUGUCUCUGGUUCAGUUACAAGGAUGCUUUGUGUUGUGCACUUGUGGUGCCAGGAAUAACUAGUGCUUAGAUAAGAAACUCAUGUGGUGGCGUGCCUAGCAUAUUGCGUGGAAAAUGAACUUGUCAUGUUCUCGGCGAGUUUCGACUUCCGAGGGUGAACUUGUUAUCGGAGAAGAAAGUUGUUCUCGGUGGGUUGGAUUCA